GAUACACGAAGGGGCGUGGAGACCGAAUCAGUUUCCACAAAGUUACGCACCUCAUCUGCAGUUGUCUGCCGGAGCAAGUGUAAGUGAAAUAACCGGGAUAUUCACCCAGCUGUCAGCCAUGGAAGAAGAGCCGGGCAGCUCCGCGGCCACCGAGACCCAGGAGAUCCUCGUCCCCAGCAUCACCCCGGCUUCGGCCCCGUCCUCCCCGACCCCGCUCGGGACCCUGUCCCGGCUGAAGAGCCCCACCAGCCCCGGCAGCCCCGGCGGCCCCGGCAGCUGCCCCGCCAGCCCCGGCGGCCAGGUGAGCGCCAUCACGGUGGUGGCGCUGCUGGACAAGCUGGUCAACAUGCUGGAGUCGGUGCAGGACAACCAGCAGCGCAUGGAGCGGCGGCAGGCCGACCUGGAGGGCGCCGUGCGCGGCGUGCAGGGCGACGUGACCCGCCUGACCAAGACCCACGUCAGCACCUCCAACAGCGUGGGGAAGCUGCUGGAGAGAUCCCGCAAGGUGAGCGGGGGCCUCAGGGAGCUGCGGGAGCGGCUGGACAGGCAGGCCGGCCAGGUGAAGAAGCUGGAGGCCAACCACAGCCACCUGCUCAAGAGGAACCACUUCAAGGUGCUCAUCUUCCAGGAAGACAACGAGAUCCCCUCCAGUGUGUUCGUCAAGGACUCCCUGAAGACCCCACAACCAAGCCAGUAUGAUGCAGAAUCGACCCACCCUACACCAUCCGUCGCAGGUUCUGUUGAUGCCAUCCGUACACAAGACGAGGGCCUCCAGACCAUUAGCCUGUCCUCAGAUGAGGAUGCUGACCUUGCAGCCCUUCGAGAGGAAGAAGAGAUGCUGGAGUACGAGGGUGCAGGGGCCAGUUCCCUCAAGUAUGAAAGAAGGGCUGACAAGUUCAAGCGCUCUAGUCUGAAGAAAGUUGAUAGCCUCAAGAAGGCCUUCUCACGACAGAGCAUUGAGAAGAAGGUGACCCAGAUAACCACUAAGAUCGUACCGCCAGAGAAGCGUGAGAAAAUCAAGAAGAGCCUCACUCCGAACCACCCCAAGAGCCCGACUACCAAGACCUCUUCUUUUAAGGUGUCUCCCAUGACCUUCAACGUCAAGAAGGUCCGAGACGGGGAGGGCCCGGCACAAGAGGUUGGCUCACCUGGAGCAGAGGCCCAUGUAGAAAUUCCUCCCCUGGGAGGCCUGGAUGCCGAGAUUCCCCUGGCAGAGGUGCACAGCCCACAAGGGGUUGUGGAGGAGAUCCGGGAGCUGCUAAGCCCCUCCGGCCCGGAGGGCAUGAAUGUCGAGGUGUCGAUGAAUGGAAAAGACCCAGGCAUUGAAUGUGAGAUGAAUGGUGAUCAUUUAGCUUGCCUGGCCGUUCAAGAGCAUGAUGAGGAUAUUGGCGAAGAGGAAGAGGAGGAGGAGGAAGAAGGAGAAGUUGAAGAGAAACACAAAAGCCCUGUAGAGAUAGAGGCCGAUGCUCAGAUUCCUACAGCGGCGAUUGCUGUGGAGCAGGCAUCUUAAUAGUUUUCCAUUUUAUGAAUCACUUUUUAUUUCCUUCUUUAAUAUUCUUCCUCGAGUUUCUACACUUAUUGAAUACUCAGCAGGCACAAAGUAUCCUUCCACUCCGUACUUAGUUUCGUUGGAAUACAAAAGAAACAUACUCUUGAUUUCUUACGAUACUCCAUCCAUAAACCUUUACUACAGCGCUACCUAUCAUCAUCACCAGCAGAGUAAACACCACCACACGGUUUGCAUUAGCAACCAGACGUGACAGUACACCUCUGAAGAGUUCAGAUUGAAAUGUUCGGUGCAAAUCCUUCUCAAACUGGCUGCCCACAGAAGACAGGAUUACCCUAUAAAUCACAGUGCAGUUGGUACCCAUCACCUCCAUAAGUGCACAUCUCCAGGGCAUCGGACCAACUAUCUUCCUCCUGCUGAGUGUGUCUGCUACUGGUCCUUUCUUCCUGACUAAUAGCCUCUUUUGUUCUAUGUGGGGUUUUUUUUCUCUUUUUUUUCUUUGUGAAAAACAGUAAAUCUCUUGCAACAGUGGUGAAAGAGUUGGAAUGGGGAUUUCUUUGCAUCUUGAGCAAUGGGGGUGUUUUUCAUAGUAAAUUGAGAUUGUUUACUAGAUUGUUGCCAUGGCAUGGGUUGAGGAAGCCCUGAUCCUAACUAACACGUAACUUUAGGGGUCCAAUGGCUCUGACUUGUCCGCUGUCACAGUUGUGAACUGUAAGUAUGUCCUGUGGCAGAGUCAGUGUCUUCUUUCCCAGCCUUUUCACUGAAAACCGAUCUCAUUUGAUCUCUAUAUUAAAGAAAGGGUGUAUGAUUCUUGUAUGUCCAACCGAAAUUUAACCUAUAUGGCACAGAAAAAUAGAUACAGUUUGAAAUAAUCAAAAUGCUUUUGAAAAUGCAUUUAAAAAGGGAGAUAUUUGUGAAUAUUAGGUAGCUAUAUCAAACCUUUCUAUUACUGAUGCACUGCAAGACAAUAACAUUAUUCUCGAUGUUGAAACAAAAAAUGCUUCAGUAACGCAAAAGACCACAGAGGCUUUUAUGCUUUGUCACCUUUGCAGCCGUGAUUAUUUUUUGGCAAAUCAACUUUUAAUAUGCAUUUACAGAUAUGCUCAUUUUCUUAGGCAUGCUAUUUUUAUUUACCGCUUAAACACGGUGAAGCCAUUUUAUAACUGCCUUCAGUGUGUUUACGUAUCCAGUAAAGGGAGUACCUGUGAAAUAUCAUGUUGUUUUUGAGCUACUAUAUGAUAGCUAUUAUGAUGGGGGGGGCUGCUAAGAGAAACCAGUUUUCCCAGUAAUCCAUAAAUUGCAAGUGGAAAUGUUGAGUUUUAUAUUUGUAAGACUUUGAGGCUAUACCAGAAUUUCAGCAGGGCCCCAUCUCUAAAGCCCCUCUCCUUUGAUGCAGGCUCAAACACUGACAUACUCCCACACUGCCAUCAGCUUACACAAGCUGGUUUGAGUAAUUGCACUCCUACAUGGAUGGAUUUCUAUGCUUUUGUUAAUAACAUCGAGAAAACAUGCCUCAAAGCAUUUUUCUUCUUUUUGUUUCUUUUUUUGAGGAAUUCUUUGCCUCCAUCACACCAUGGAGGAUACUUUACACAUUAAAGAGAGACUUCAAGUUUAAAGGACAACCAAAUAUCACGGUCACAUUCAACUCUGCUUGGAAGUCGUGCCUCUGUGUUUUUCUAAAAAUGACUUUCCUCUUGUUGCUCAUUGUUGCAGCUUUCCAAACUUCACUUUCGAGCUAUUACGUCACAGACUUUCCUGAAAAUAAUUUAGCAGGUGAUACCAGGUGCCAAGGAUACUAGAUAAAGGCUGAGGACAGCAUUCCUGGCUUUGACGGAUGAUUCCUUCUCAGCCCAUUUGUUAUAUUGUUGGCCUCCGUGUUGAAAGAGGAUGAGGAACUCUGGAACCACAGGUGUCCCGGCUCUGUAGGGGCUCUGGACCUGAGCUCACGGUGGAAACAGGACAAGUGGGGCGGGAAUUGCAGAAAAGGAUGAUAAAGUUGCUAUUGCUAAAGGCAUUCAUCCAUUUUUCUGCAAGAGGCAUUCAAAUUGGGAGAAUGUAAUGAAUUUAACCUUGGGAUUUAAACAUUUGAAGGGAUCCACGUACCAGCAGCUGGCACUGCAAGACUGGGAAACUUUGGUUUCAUCUUGACUGUACCCAACACUGUUUAUACUGAUUCUGAAUUUAAUAGACCAUAGAAAGACGAAAGUUUAUUUACUUAAAAAAUGGAAAUAUAGUGUCACAGGCAAUUUAUAUCCAUUUUGUGUUGGAAAACCAUCUUUCAAAAAGAAUCUGGAGCAACAGCAGCCUCCUGUGGCUGUGCUGAUGACCCAUGUAUAUUGAUCCCGUUACAACGCAGUCUGGAGAAUAUAAGAACUUUUACAAUUUAGUCUAAUUUGUAUGAAAUCAAUGUGGAAAAGAACAACAAUCGACGAGGAAUUUAUUAAUGCGUCCACAUCGAUAUGUACUGAUGGAAAAACUGGCAGAAAUGGUAAAUGACAAAAUCCUACUAAGAAAUUGUGAGCAUCAAAUAAAUCAUAUAAAAAGGACAAUUUGUUGUCCUACUGACAAGACGGGAAAGUUUUAAUGAUGACAAAUGCAACCAUGACAAAUAAAGAGGGGAAAAAACAAGAAAAUGCAUUGUAUAAUAUCUUAGAAAAUAAGAUAACUAUUGUUAUUAUUUUUGCUAACAAAGUAUUAUUCUUAAUUAAUCAGGAAACGGGUAUAUCAGUAAUGCUUUCCAUAAGAAUCUACUCUGUAUCUCAUCAACUUCAAAAGAACAUUUUUGGCACAACUUCCAUCGUUUUAAUUUUGACAUCCACGUUAGAUGAAUAAAUGAACUGUCAAAGGUGAGCGAAGUGGAAUUGAGAGUGCUUUGUGUUUAAAUUAAAUAAAAAUCUGUGGGAUUUAUAACAGAACUAAAUGAAUAAUUAGUUAUAAAUAUGUUUUUUUCUAACAACUUGCUGGCUGAUUUAUAAACAUGCUGAUGAUGAGUUGUGUUUUAUUCACUUUAAUUCCUCUAUGAAUGACCCCACUGGAAAGGGAUUCAACACUUGGCUUCUGUGCCGUCACUAUUUUAUGUUGUUUGUUGACUCAGAUGUUACGUUUGAAAAGAAAAAUGUGUACACUUGCUUUUGUGAAAAAGGUUGACUUAAUUUUUAAUCACACUGAAAUCUGGAUCAUAUGAGGACUAUUGUUUUCUAGAAAGCUUCGUCAAAUAGUGAUAUUGUGUUCAUUUUUUUCUUUGUUUUUACCUUUUUUAACCAUUUUAUUUAGUUGACCCCUAAAACCAAAGAUGUUUCCCUCACAGAAGAAAACUUCCUGCCACUUGUGUUUAAAUAUGUUAUGCUACUUCUUGAUGCAUCUUGUAAACACGCAGGCAUUUCUUUUCAAACUUUAGUAUUGCAAACAUGAAUAAAGAUUUUUUUUAACACUAAA